UCUGGAAUUGGUGUUAGUGAAUUGUGUACACUCUUUGCGUUUGAGGUUGAUGCACAGCAAGAAAUUUGUUGAAACUUGUUUUGGUUCGACAUUCGAUAAAAAUAAAAACGAACUAUAAUAACAACAGCAAUAACAAGACUGUUACUAACACGUGGUGCGGAUGAGGAUUUUUUUUCUUUGUGCCCAAUUGGAAAAAUGAGAUACACGUUCGGCGUGUAGUAUUUUGUGGUUCAUUGUCACGGUUAGAAAUAGAAAUGUGGAGUACGAUUUAUAUUGGUUUGGCAAUUAUUUGCCUGCAGUACAGCAAUGUCAAUGCACUGGAUAACGGUCUAGCGUUACGUCCGCCAAUGGGAUGGAUGAGCUGGCAACGCUAUAGAUGUAUCACCGACUGUGAUACAUAUCCAGAUGAAUGCAUCAGUGAAUGGCUGUUCAAAAAUGCAACUGAUCGCAUUGUUGAGGAUGGUUACAAGAAGGCUGGCUACAAAUAUGUUAUAAUUGAUGAUUGUUGGAUGGAAAUGGAAAGAGAUCCAAACACCAAAGAGCUUGUACCCGAUCGAAAACGUUUUCCCAGCGGAAUGAAAGCUUUGGCCGAUUAUGUUCAUUCAAAAGGUUUGAAAUUUGGAAUUUAUGAAGAUUAUGGCACGCACACGUGCAUGGGAUAUCCUGGCGUCAUCAAUCACAUGGAAUUGGAUGCAAAAACAUUCGCCAAAUGGGAUGUUGAUUAUGUCAAAUUGGAUGGAUGUUACGCUGAUAUUCAUGACAUGGACAAGGGAUAUCCAGAGUUUGGACGAUUAUUGAAUGCAACAGGACGCCCCAUGGUGUACAGUUGCAGUUGGCCGGUUUAUCAAGAAGAGAAAGGUCUUAUGCCCAACUAUGAAGCGUUGAAAAAACAUUGUAACUUAUGGCGAAACUGGGAUGAUAUUCAAGAUUCGUAUGAAUCACUCAACAAAAUCAGUGAUUAUUUUGCAGUGAAUGCAUCACGAAUUCAACCGCAUGCCGGGCCUGGACAUUGGAACGAUCCCGAUAUGUUACUCAUCGGAAACUACGGACUAACGGUGGACCAAAGUGAAUCACAGAUGGCAAUUUGGGCAAUUUUAGCUGCACCACUUUUAAUGUCAAAUGAUUUGAAGAAUAUUCGACCCGAAUUUCGUGAAAUUCUUAUUAAUCCACAAGUGAUUGCAGUGAAUCAAGAUGAACUGGGUAUUCAAGGAAAACGGCUCAAGGUUGAACGAAAAAUUGAGACGUGGGUCAGACCGAUAACACCAGUUGUAAAUGGAUUGCAUUCGUAUGCUGUUGCUUGGGCUAGUAAACGUGAUGAUGGUUCACCAUAUGCAACAAAAGUUAAAUUAAGUGAUUUAGGAUUAACAAGUGCUAAAGGCUAUAAAAUUACGGAUUUGUUUAAUGAAGAGAAUGUGCUCAACGAUGUUUACAAUGUAAAUCACAAUAUUUCGAUUCGAAUCAAUCCAUCAGGUGUUAUUUUCUAUAAAUUCACACCAGCCGAAUAACGGAAAAACAAAUACAAUUUACUUCAAUUGUUUUAGAUAAAAAAAGACUUUCUUCAAUUGUUUGUUCAUUGCAUGUAUUAUGUCACAUUAAAAUGAUUUUUUUUAUUAAAUUUAAAAUGAAACAAAAAACAAA